AUUGGUCAUGUCAUUCUCAUGGCUUGGAAUGCAGAAUGCAUCCGUCCACCUCAGCCAUCCUGUCACCACAUAAACCUCCACAACCCCAGACAUCGUCAACUCCCAUCCAGCAACCAUGACGAUUUCCACCCACGACCCCAUCCGGCUCGCCUUCAUCGGCGGCGGCCAUCUCGCCCAAGCCAUCAUCAGCGGCAUUCUCUCCUCGACCAAUCCCUGGACCCUGAACUGCGACAUCACCGUCACAGCCCGACGCCCCGAACACAUCCAGCAACUGCAAUCCCGAUUCCCCCAACUCCGAGUCACAGACAACAACCUCGACCAACGCAUCUGGCAAGACACCGAAAUCCUACGCCACAAUCCCACCCAGGACAAUGCGCCACCCCCCAUCCUCUUCCUCUGCACACGGCCCGCGGAUAUUCCCACGGUCGCGAAGCAACUCGCUCCCGCCCUCGAGUCCCUCGACCCCUCUGUCCGUCCUACCAUCGUGACCAUGUGUCCGGGCAUCACCGUCAGCCAGCUCCAAUCCUGGCUGCCGGCAGGCACGGCGAUUAUCCGAUCGAUGCCCAACACGCCCGUGGAGGUGAGGGAGGGUGCGACGGCGCUCUUUGCAUCCGCGGAUGCCACGCUUCGCGUCAAUCACGUCAAACUCGUUCUGGAGGAGGUAUCUCCCCUUGUCAGUAUCGUCGAGCAAGAGUCGAUGCUAGACGUCGUCGCGGCUGUAUCCGGAUCCGGCCCAGCGCAUUUCUUCUUCGUCAUCGAAUCCAUGGUCGCCGCGGCAGAGGCGAUGGGUCUUCCUCGGGACGCCGCUGAGCCGCUGGUCGUUCAAUCGUGUCUUGGUGCGGGGUUUCUCGCGAAAGCGUCCUCCAAGCCUGUCGCGAGUUUGCGAAAAGAAGUCUGCGUUCCUGGGGGGAGUACGGAAAAGGCGAUUUCGCAUUUAAAUCAGAGCGGGGUUCAGGAAUUGUUCCGGGUGGCGAUGCAGAAGAGUUUGGAUGCGAAUUUGAAGAUGCGGUUUUGUUAGUUGAGUGGAUUGCAUUGAGAUUGAGGCAGAAAUAAUGCAUCGUGUCUGUAGGUUAAGUGAAAAUAGAAAUGAAGCUAUAAAAGCCUAUCCGUA